AUGGGCACGUUGAACGACCGCUACGAGCGUGUCAAGCGAGAUAGACUACGUCUGAGUCCUCGAAGGUAUCACAGAGCCCCCACUGAUUAUACUAGUAGCUCCAAAACGGUUCCAAAUGACGCAAAUUUGCGAAACAAUUCAAAUCAAUACAACAACAUCGACAAGUACAAUCCGGCCAGCGCCAAUUUACGGAGAAAUAACUCAUACUCAGAGGACUAUAGAACCUCCAAAACCAGCCUGAACCAUAACAGACACUUGGAUGAUGAUCAUGUACCGAAAAAUGUUGAUUUCGCAUACAAUUCAACUCACGACGAGAGAGGAAAUCAUAGAUCAACAAGCCGUUAUAGUCCAUAUCGUUCGUCCAGAAUACGCCAUAGUCCUCUCAGAGGCGAGAGUUCUGCUUAUGAACCUAGAGAAAGCAAUAUGGAGACUCAAUCGCUGUUCAGGUCCCUGCUACCGUCACUGCUCUACUUGUAUAAAUCGCCCAAGCGAGACGAAUACGAUCAACCAACCCAGAAUAAACCCUCGGGAUUCUCUCGAUUAAGAGGUUACUUGAGUAAAUUGGCUUUUCCUCAGAACCGUCCCGUUGAAGAACAACUUGCUCGUUUUCGGUCCACGCCUGAAAUAAAGGAGACUUCGAUUCCAACAUUCAAAGCACCCUCUCCAAAAUUAGUACCGGGAACAUUUGAGACUCCGAAACGUGACAUCGACUACGACUUGAAAUUGCAAGAACUUAGGAAGCAAAUUGCUGCCGAGCGCAGUGCCAGCCAUGAGCACAAACAGGAACUUACGCAAAAGUUGGCCCAUGUCGAAGCUCAAUAUAAGACCAAAAUCGAUAACUUGCAGAGUGAGAUGCGACAGCUUAAAGACACCAAUAUCAAUUCUACUCACUUUCUUCAACUCGAAAAUGAACUUAAGCGGGAACGGCGACUACUUGAAGAAUCUCAGAAGCAAUAUAGUUUGAGCGUAUCUCAAGAAAAGUACCGACUUGAAAGCUUGAAUAAAAAACUCGAGGAACAAACCCAGGAAUUAGACCGACGCUUGGCUCAGCUAGAACGUAUCAAAAGGCGACAUCGAGACCGGCCCAGAAGAACCAAAGCCGUCAAGAUCGACUCGUCUCCAAUUUACAAUCUCAUACUAGAAAGAGAGAAAACCAGUGACGAUCUAGAAGCAACUCGACAGGAAUUCAAAGCGUUUUUGCUCAAAAUUAAAUCCACCACGUCGCCGUCAGCCACACAAGAUACUCUUGUGAAAGAAAUUACCAGUAGCUUGAUCGAUGAGACUGAACCAGCUCGCUACACAUCCAUGGCAUCAAAGAUAGCAGAAUACAAAGAUUACUUUGAUAAGCUUGACGGCAUGAAAAACCUCGAAGAGGAGCAAGAAUACGGUUUCGAAUCCGUCAAGUGGAUCCAGCUGUUGUUGCAAAGGCUUAAUGCUACUCUCGAGAAGUCGUACCUGCAAAAGCAAAAGAAGGUUGAAUCGCUUUCCAAUGAUAUCAACUUUCUUAAAUUUCAGACUUCUACUGGCAAAAGUUUGGAGAAUUACCGACGUCUUUCCAUCUGCUACCGUCACAAAUGUGAGCGGCUAAUCGAUAUGAAAUAUUUGCUUGAACAUCGCAUCUCAUUGGAGAAGCUAUUACGACAAGUGCAAGCGAUCUACAGAGAGUAG